UGUUGCCGUGGUGCCCACAAUCCAGAGACCAAGGGCAAGCUCCCCCGCCAAAACACCUUGGUCCCGAAGGAGAAAAGGGUGAGCCCCAGGUGACAUGAGCUGGAUUCAAAGUCAGAACGUGAACAGCCUGCCGUGAUCCUGUACCUCAGAGACCUAUACAACCAGAGUGCCUCUGUUCUAGAAGCUUCUCCUAUAAACGUACAUGUGGUGGCGAGGGGACUUCAGGGCAGUGUUUCCCACCCCCCGCCCCUGUAUGUAAUCACCACCAACCACUGUUUGUGAAAAUGCUGCAUCCGUGGUACAGAGGUCGGCUGGAACGCCAGAUGGUUGGCUCGACCAACCGGUGGCGUUUCCCCAGGGAGCCUUUCUCCGGGGACCUGCUGGGACUCUCCCAGAUGUGCAAGGCUCUGAACGUGGAUUUUGAAGAAGUUCUGAAGGACCCAGACAGGUUAUAUGUUUCACAAAUCCAGAAAAUUUUCUCCAGGAACUUGAAGAACAAGACCAUCCAGAGUAGGGAAGCAGACGUGAUUCUCAAAUGUCUGGGCUCCACGUGGGAACUCCACCAGCCCCAUCUUUUCCAGUCUGAGACCUUGGCCAAGCUCUACCUGAUGGCACUGUCGCAGGGCACCACGAGCCCCAAAAAGGAACUGGAGAGGCUUCUGCAAGCUCAGCUGUGUGGGAGUGUCCAGGAAAGACCCCCCAUAAAGAAGAUGAUCAUUUCCUUGAAGAUCAAUGACCCCCUGGUCACUAAAGUUGCCUUCGCCACAGCCCUGAAGAGCCUCUAUCUGAGCGAGGUGGAGAUGAACAUGGAUGAUGUGCUGGGCGUGCUGGCUUCCGCACACAUUCUCCAGUUCAGCAGCCUGUUUCAAAGGUGUGUGGCCAUGAUGAUGAACGGACUCACGCCAACCACCAUCAAGAGCUUCUACCUGGCUGGCUGCAAGUACAAGGAAGAGCAGCUCACCACCGCCUGUGAGAAGUGGCUGGAAAUGAACUUGGUCCCUCUGGUGGGGAGGCAGAUCCACCUCCGGAAAAUCCCGCAGGAGCUGCUUCACAGAGUGCUGCGGUCCCCCAGGUUGUUCACUUUUAAUGAGUUUCAUCUUCUGAAAACACUACUUUUGUGGGUCUUCUUGCAACUGAACCACAGAAUUCAGACAGUUCCGGUGCAUGAAACCGUGCUGGCGUUUUUUAACAGCUUUCCCAAGAAGUAUUCGUUUCUGGAUCAGGAUACAGGACAGAGCCUGGUGCCACUCUUCCUGUGUGUGCGCCUGCACGGCAUCAUCAAAGGCAAAAAUCUGGAGGAGUUAAGGCACAUUAAUUUCUUCCCGGAGUCCUGGUUGAUCCGGGUUACAGCCAACCAUUACCACGCACUGGAGAGUGGGGGUGACAUGGUUCACGUGAAAGAUCUUACCACCCAGGCUAUGAGAUUUGGACUGCUCUUUAACCAGGAGUAUACAACUCAUUCAGAAAUCAUUGCCGUAUAUGGAUUCUUCUUUGAGAUAAAGGGAAUCAAACAGGAUACUACCUCUUAUAGUUUUUACAUGCAGAGAGUAAGGCACACUGAUUUGGAGUUCCCGUCCUCGGUCUGUAAGCAUGGCCCGGUUAGCCUGAGAGCGGAGCGCUUGGUGAAGUACGAGAUCAGAGCCCAGACCCUGGUGGACGGCAAGUGGCAGGAGUUCAGGACCAAUCAGAUCACCCAGAAGUUCGGGUUUGUCAAGCCAUCCUGUAAAAGCCACGCCUUGAAAAUCCAAACUGUGGGCAUCCCAAUCUAUAUUGCUCUCGAAGAUGGAUGUCACAGUUUCUCUUCCCACCAGCAGUGAUGAGCCUUUCUGCUUCUCCGUGUCCCGGUCACGUCUCCCGGCCACCUGCUGACACACGUGAGAGGCAGGUCUGUCCACUCUCGGAGCCGAUGUAAGUUAGAGCAAAGGUAGCUCCAACCUUGACUUCACUGAACAGGAUUUCCUGGUUUCUCGGCCACCCAGAGACACCUUCCCCUGACCCAUUUCUCACCCAAAUAAAGGGGCCUGAUUUACUCCUGGACUCCCUUCCAGAGAAGGAACAUUCAGGUGCAUCAUGAAAAACCAGCAGGAAGCCAGGCGUCAUGCCAGUGGGAUGGGACUGCGGCUGGCAGCGGGGGAGUUGUCAUGUGUCGACCCGGCACACCAGAAAAGGCUCAGUGAGUCUCGAACACAGUGAUUAACUUCUCUUUAAUCUCUGCAUCACUGAGCAGCCCGGCCAACUGCUUAGCUUCCCCGGCAAGCUCUGCAUGAGUCACUGAUGUCUUACUGUGGAUGUCCUACUGUGGCCUGAGCACAUUGCAUUUCAGGCAGGUGUGACUGUUCCUUUAUGUGCCCUUGAGAUACCCAGGGAAUGAAUAAUGCCUGCUGUUCCCCUCCGACACUAACUAAAUAUUGAAUCGACAAUGCCUUUUUUUUUUUUUAAACAAAAUAAUAUUGCUCUGGAGUCUUUUUUCUGCUCCAUUUCUUUUCUUUUUUCCUGGCCACUGAAUCAAGGCUGACAGUCCCUGGGAUGUGGGGCAGCUCCUUAAGUAAUAGGAAGUUUAUUGACUCAUGGGUUAAUUGAGAAAAUCAUUUACCAAACCAUAUGUGGGCAUGCUGUGCUAGCAACCCUUGAACUGCCAUAAAGACUGGGACCCAGCUGUGGCCUGCUUAGCUCUUUCUUCUAAUGUGGGUCAGUCCUUGAACUAGGACAGUCUGCAGGUGUUCCCUUUGUGCUCAGAUAGACACUCAACUCUUAGCCCUCGAAAGAAAGAAGUCAGAACAAAGGCCUGCUUGGGCAUGUUGGGGCACAGAAAUCGGGGAGAGAAAACCCAAACCUUUAUCGUGUAGCAGCUGCCUUGUACUCCUCUGACCGUAUUAUACAAUCUGUUACAUUCAAUUAGAAUCACAGAGAUCCUGCCUCCCUUCCCUACGAUGCUCUAGCUGUGUGUCUUUCAGCAAAUCGCCUAACCUCUCUGAGCCUCUGUUUCUCAUCCUCUCGGGGCCAUUGUGAAGACGAAAUGAGGUGAGGAAUGGGGAUGUGCGGUAGGCAGAAUAAUGACCCCAGACACACCCAGGUCCCAGGCUCCAGAACCUGUGAGCGUUCCCUCAUGUGGCAAGAGGGUGUGAUUAAAUUAAGGAUUUUGAGCUGGGAGGGGAUUAUCCUGGAUUCUCUGGGUUGAUCCGGGAUAAUCACGGGGAUCCUUCUAAGAGAGAGGCAGCAGAGGGGAUGAGGCCAUAUAAGCAGAGACUGGAGGGAUGUGACCCCGAGCCACGGAAUGUCAGCACUUUCUGGAAGCUAUGGGAGGCCAGGGACAGAUUCGCCUCCAGGGCCCCUCCAACACCUUGACUCAGUGACACCUGAGCCCAGUGGGACGGAUUUCACACUCUCGGCUUCCAGAACUGUAAGAGAAUGUGUUUUAGGCCACUAAGUCGUGGUCAUGUGUUACAGCAGCCAGGAGAAACUAAUACGGGAUGAUGUGUGAAUAUAAAAUCCUGCACACGUGGACAGAUUUGCUGCGAGGUAGCCGGAGCCAGGUGAGGACAAAACGCGGAGGGUGUGCCUGACGAGCCAGCAAGGUGUCAGCCCGCAGGUGUCUAUUUGCAGGGAGGGGAAGUGCCUCCACAAGGCCGUGCGUGGCUGUGUGGCUGGACUGAUGUCUGCGGCCUAACCCUGACUGGUCACCCGGAUUUAAGCGCCCAUCCAGGGGCCAGAGACUCUGGACAGAGCCCAAGGAAUUGUUUUCCAAGGGACUCGGACAGCAUCAUGGAUAGAAACUGAGCUGCUUUGGGGCUUGGUGACAAGGCAGGAGAUGGGGGGGGGGGGGUAAGGAGUAGCUCCCUAAAUUCUGUACGCAGCAUGGCGUGGCUGUAGUUCAACAUGUUGUUGCCUGGCGUGUUCUGACACUCAAGGCUGCAUCUCAGGACCACUGGCCCACCUCAGCCUUGACCUGGACAGUGGGGAAAUGCCCCCUCUUGGGAUUUUGCAGGCAGCUGGUGUCACUAAGAGAUUCAAGCCAGGGAUGUCUGGGUGGCUCAGCGGUUGAGCGGCUUAGGGUGUGAUCCUGGAGUCCUGGGAUCGAGUCCCACAUCGGGCUCCCUGCAUGGAGCCUGCUUCUCUCUCUGCCUCUCUCUCUCUGUGUCUCU